ACUGUGACAAGAUGUGUCAACACUGUAACAAGGGUGGAUGUAGCAAUACAGGAGUUUGUCUUCAGUGUCAAGCUGGCUAUUACUCUGCAAACUGUUCACUGACAUGUCCACCUCAGUGUAGAGAUAGCAAUGGUGACCGUGUCUUCUGUGACCGUACAACAGGGAAGUGUCUGGAAGGCUGUAAACCCACAUGGUGGGGAGAUAAAUGUGAACAUAGGUGUGGAAAACAGUGUACUGGUUCACAGUGUUUCUUUUAUGAUGGUUCUUGUGCUUUUGGUUGCAAGGACGGGUUUACCGGGACCCAUUGUGACAAAACCUGUCGAGUAGGAUGUCUCCAUGGCACCUGCAGUCAGCUGACGGGGAUAUGUCUUCGUGGAUGUAAAACUGGCUUCUAUGGGCCCUCCUGUGACAGACAUUGUACUGAUAAAUGCCUUGACAGAGAUUGCAGUACAGAGAUUGACGGAGAUACUCCUACCUGUACUCGUGGCUGUGUACCUGGUUGGAAGCCUCCCAUCUGCGAUAACCCCUGCCCUCCAAACUGUUUAUCCUGCACUGAAGCUGGGUUGUGCUCAUCCUGCAAGGCAGGGUUCACAGGAACUAGCUGUGAGAAGAAGAAAUGCAACUGUCUUGGUUCCGGUUGUAGCGAUGACAGAAUUUGCGAUGGAUGUCCUCAUGGGUGGUGGGGACAGACCUGUGAGUUGGCCUGCUCUCGAAACUGUCUCAAAUGUCAACAGAAGAGUGGCAACUGCACAACAUGUCGCCAAGGGUUCACAUAUGAUGGAAGAAGUCAAUGCACCUCCGUGAUCAAUGCCACUGUCACCGACGUCCCAAAUCAAAGGCAAGAAUCACAUGUUUCCAUUGUGAUUAUUUCAACCAUAGCCUGUCUUCUUGUAAUCGGGGUUUUAAUCGGGAUCUCUAUCAGAUUCCGAGGACGCAUCCUGCCAUCAUGCAUCAAACACGCCGAGGAUGAAAACGCUCUCGAUAAUGAGGAGCCGGAAUUGUCAACAACCGUCUUGCUCGAACAAGAUCGCGACCCAAAAGAAGAUGUAUCGUUGAAUAAUGUGUGUUAAUUAUUUCCAGCUUUGGCUUUAGAAGGUCUAUCUUGAGACGAUUGAGAGUUCUAAUAUGUCAGGGUCGAUCGACCAACAUACUAGUAUAUGCUUUUAAUUUAAGCUCUUUUCAUCAGCACAAACAUGUGAUUUUGAUAUAUCUCAGAAUUGGGCUGAAUUGACAAGUGUAUCGUAUAUCAUGUAUGAUCAUUUUUACAUUUCCCAUGGCAAUAAUAAUAUUUAUUAUAUUGCAUAAAGACCCAUUUUGCGGAGAUCUAUAGAGUUUAACAUACGACUUAUAUAAUUAAUGAAAGUACUUGACAUGUUGAUGCAUCACACGGUUAUAUUUACUGUAGAUAUCAUGCUCUAGCUCUGGAAGUUCAUGUAUUAGCUUUCUGCGUCAUUUUCAUGUUGAAAUCUGUGUGUAUGCAGAUUAAUAUUUGUGGUUACUGUAUACACCGAAACUUCAGCUGCCUCGAAGGACUUGGGUCUACAGAACAUACGGAGUUAUCCGAAAACAAGAGAUUUUUUAUAUUUGAAAUAUGAGUACAACACUACACAUGACUAAUGCGUGUAGUUUGUACAACACCAAUACUCGCUGCAAGUAAUCAGUGCAUGUUAACAACACAUCUACAUAUACUGGUUCAGCAUGUACUUGUUGCCAUAUUUAUCGACAAGAAUCAAUUGUCUAUGGUACUCUAGUUUUUAUCAUAUAACACAAAUACUGAAAUCAAUCAAAUUUACAUACUUCACUGAUUCCGGAUUCCGGAUUUUGUAUCUACAAGCCAACUAUUGUCAGAUGUAUCUCAAAACGAACAACUGCGCAUAACAUACAUGAAAUAAUAAAUCUUUUUGACGUUUGAUUUAACAGAAAUAUGGAAAUAAGACUUUUCCGAGAGAGGCUUUACACUCUUAGCAAACCCACAUGUUACCAUAUGCAUGUUCAACAGGCAAGUGACAGCUCAUGUCACCAUCAACAUAUUGAUCGAUCUAAGUAUGUAAAACGGCAGUGUUCGUGUUCCCUUCGCAUAAUAUAUCCACGUUUGUAUGAAACACUGUCGAAUUAUAACAAUGAAAGGGAGAAAUACUCAGCAUAUAUGAUCAACUACUGUGUACAUGUGUGACCACUGACAAAACAUACUCUAGGGGAGCAUAUUACGCCUUUUUUUAUUUUACAUGAACAUAUUUGAAGAUGGAAUUACAAUAUGCCGUAUGUAUGCCGUAAUUUAACAUAGUAUAUUUAGAUUUACUACUUAUUCAAUGAGUAUUAUCGCCUUAAUGAAUGGCACUACAAUGUAAUAUUUUUUUACAGCUACAACAGUCUCGUUGCCAGAAGUCAGUGUAUGUUAGGGUAUCCAUUGUUUGUAAAACAUGCCUAUAAGCAAAUAUCGACCUUCUGUCCUGUUGUACCCUCGUCGGUUCAUGCACGUGCAUCUCGGUGUAUACAGACUGACCUUAAUCAUUACUGUCACGGUCGUAACACCUGAUUCGUUUCCAGUUGGAUUACCAAAACAAAAACACCACUGGUGCAAAUUAUCCAAUUAAUCUGCAUUUUUAUUGUUUAUAUUUUCAGUUAUGUGAUUCUUCAACCGACAAAUCGGUUGAUGUAUAUAGAAUUUGUUUAUGUUUCGAAAGUUUAUUUUUGUUUGACAUGUUUUGUCUGUGAGUGUAGUGACAUUCUUUCUCGUUGUAUUUUUCAAUCAUUUUUCUGUUAUAAUGAUUUUGGUAUAUUUGGUGCAUUUCAGCAUUGCAAAUCUAUACUUCGCGCGUAACCUCCCCGCCGGCUUUUGUGAAAAAAACAUAUUCUGAAAAAGAGAGAUGUCGGUUGAGAUAGAUAGGGUUAUUUGCGUCUUGUCUUGUCCUGACGGCAUACUUACUGUUUGUAUUUCAAUUCCAGGCUUUCAUUUGUCAAUAAGAAAAGAUCGAUAAAGUCGAGGAAGGGGUGUAGCUAUAUAAGUAAAAAGAAAUGAUAUGCUAACAAUAUGGAUCAUCUGUGCAUAAAUUGACUCGAUUCAUUAUGGGUAAUGGCAAAGGAUAUUCUAUAGGGCAGAUAAAAGAGAGGCUUACAUGCGGUUGACAGAUCAGUCAAUAUGUAACGGAAUAGAUUUGAAUAUAACAACUAUUACAGAUGGGGACUUUAAUCUAGAUAUUCUUAGAUAAUGUAAGAACAAAAUAGAUCACUUACAAGCAAAGACAAAGUGGGAUCAUUUCUUAUUAUCCAGAAAUAUUGAUGUUAUCGCAGAAUGUUUUACCCGGACAAUUUUUGACGUGUGUAAUAAUCACAUUCCUAAUGGAUCACUAUGGAUCACUAGUGAGAUACAUGUACCUCGGUUGCUACGUCGGCAUAUACUCAUAAACAUCUCGUGUUUGAAUCUGUUGUUUUACUUGUUACAAUUUCUAGUUUUAUUAUUUUACUUGUAUUAAUUAUUAAUGCUACUGUUUCCAUUGAGGUAUUGCACAUUAUAUGUACUUUGUUUAUUUCAAUGUUUAAUAUUUACGCUGAUGUGUGCUGUCUGUGUAUAUGUUUAUGGCAUCGUAACUUGGACAUUUGCCCAAUCCAUUUGACUUUUUAAUGUCAAUAUAAUACGUUGAAUACACAUUAUAUGUAAUAUUUCUAGUUUAAGAAAAUAGAGGAGAUUUCAUGUGUUUAUGGAAAUGGUUAUGUCGCUUUUUUAUGAAUCUCUAGCAAAUAAAUAUUCAUGUUUCAUGAGAAACCAAUUCAAAUUUAAAAUGUGUGUUAUCACCUAAUACAGUAUGCUUUAUCCACUAACAAAUUAAUCUAUCAAACAAUACUACCCACAGCCUUGGGUAAUUGACCCACAAUGCAUUUCGGGUAACACUUCUGUAUUUGCUUUAAUAAAAAUAUAUUUUUACA